UGGAAAGUCUUAUCAUUAUACCUGAGGCUUCCCAAACGUUCAAUUGUACCCUGGCGGUGCAGAGCGACGCUGCCUGCCCCUUGCUGUGGACGUUUUAUUGACUUUGUGUUUCAACGCGAUACAUAUAAAUGCUUGCUUGGUGUUGUACUAUUAUUAUUGCGAGAGCAACAUUAUGAGUGAAUAUUAGCAGAGGAACAAGUGUGCCAUAAAGGACAGAGAGGUCGUAGAAGUUUUGAAAAUAUAACAGGUGUUUUUUGCAACAUGACUGUUGUGGCACCCGUCCCUCGCCCGAAUUCUUUAUUGCCACGGGCGCCAGCCCCAUGGCGACCCGCCGCAGCCGCGGCGUUAGGCCUGCCCGCGGCGGUGCAGGGCCUGCUGCAGCAGUUAGGCGGAACAUUCCAUACUUACCAUCCAUUCCGACGAACCAGGAGGGAAAGCGAAGACGAAGUCGACAUUCCGAGAAGCCCUCCGCCUCUCCUCCUGCUCAGCAGAAACACCCUGAUCUCCUCCUUCGGUUUACGAAAGCUGCGUCGGUUGCUCCUUUGGGCCGGCGCCCCUCGCGCUGUCUCCCGUAUGCUCUCGACCGUAGGCGCCGGGGAAUGUGAGGCCCUGGGGGCGGCGCCCCUCACGGAUGUGUUUGCUCAACCUUUCUUUCAUCGGGCCGUGACCUGGAGGGUCACUUGUUGCUUGGAUCGCCAGCCUUACUUGACCACUUACGCCGCCACUUCGGCAAUACAUGGGUACUGUGUACCCUGGACUCGACUCACCGCCUGUGGUUGCUCAGUUCCCGAAGAACUUGUCUGGACGGUGGUCUACCAAGUUGGAUCAGCAUUGCUUCACAUGCUGAGCGCUGGAUUAUUCUACACGCCUUUAGCGCUGGACAACAUAUUCCUUCUCAGGGAUAGAUUAGCACUUGAAAAUAUGCUUUCCAAGAAACACAGAAUGACUGGCUGUGGAUGUGAGGCCUGGCGUGGUUCAGCAGGACAUCAGAAAGCAACAUCAGUAGGUCCUUCGGAGCGUUGUUUCAUCCACCACAUCGGUCAAGUCAUAUUCGCACUCAUUACCUGUCAUCUGCGUUCACAACCUGACGGCCACGUGGCGCCGUGCAGUCCCGUCACUACUCUGUGUUCCCUCAAGCAUCUCUACUCGCCAACAUUACUGCGACUUCUCUCCCGCACCCUAGCUGGAGGUGUCACAAUGGCAUGGGGUGUGAUGGGUGGGGGUGGUGAGGGACGUGUGGCUGUCAGAGCAUUCCAGUGGGAGACGCAGUGGGAACAGCUUGACCCUUGCCCAGAGACUGAAUGGCCCUUGGGCAAUUCUGAGCAGGGUUUCAGUAACCCAUUGAAUACGAGCUCACGGAUGGAUUACAGGCCAGUCAUAUCACCUCCGAAGACUUACAGAAGUUAUACUGUCAGCCGAAGUUAUUCCAGACUGUCAUCCACUUACUCUUCAAAUUCAGGGAAUGCCUCUUCCAGUAGCAGUCCUGUUUCAGAUUUUGGUGAGGAUGAGAGUCCAACUAUGCCCAUGGAAACCUCAGUCGCAGGUUUUCUCCAUGACAGUGCUCCUGUUCAGUUAGCCCAGGUCGUCGUCGUGGCAGCCGAAAGGAUUUUGGCUCUUCGGCCUGGCACUACAUUGGCUGAGGCUAUCUACUCUUCACCCCAUCGCCUCAUACAACAUGUUAUGACAGCUCAGAAAAAGCACCUCAAAACAAAAUAAUAGUUUUCACUGGAAUGGCACGACAAGACUUGUGAGGUUUUCUUUGCUAGGGAUACCCAGUGAAGAGUCACCAACAUUUACUUUGAGAUUUUUUUUUUAAGCGCAGAACACAAAUGACAGUUUGUGAAAUAGGGAGAAAGCAAUAUCUAAACAAGUGUGCUUUAAUUCUGGUUUCCUUAAAAAAAAUCAGGAAUCGUGUCGUAAUGUGCCCAAGUUAAUUAUUUUUAUGUAUGUGGUGUAAAGCAGUUAUGCAACCAGGUAGUAGGUGAGUCUGUGGCACUGAAGAGCCACAGACUCCCUGAUAUAUCUGCACUGUACUGUAUGGACAUUCAUGUACAGUCAUUCUUUGAGGAAGGAAAACAUAAAACAGAUACUAUAUAUGAGCCCCAGUUAAUGAAAGCUUUAACCAGUCACAUAUUUUUAGAAGGUAAUUUGUAAGUCAGACUUAACAUAGUAUGUUGCCAAGAUUCUUAUGAUUUUAUUUUAAUUCUUUCAAGCAGCUCCAUACACUCGGGUGCAAGAUCUUAAGUCUUAUUACCCUUCCAAGGUUGAAGCUCUUUUUGCCAGAUAUUUUGUAUGGGAUUUCCUUUUUAGCACUGCACUGUGCACUGAAGAGCAAUUUCAACCUUUUGUGUAACUUCGCCACCCAUUGGAUACCCAUUAGUAUACCGUUGGGAUUAUCGAGGUCCUUUUACUUGGAAGAAUGUAGCAAGAUCUCCCGUGUACAUACACCCUCGUUAAAUAACAUCCCUUGGAAAAAAGCUGUUGUGCAUUCCAUUUUCUAGUCGGUGUUUUUACCCUUGUAUGCUGAAUAGCUUAGAUUGGACUCUUGGUAAAUAGACCUUGUUUUUUUAGAAAUAUACUUUGAUGGUAUUCUCUUUGAUGCAUUAUUGAAAUGAAAAUAUGAGAACUGUUUUGUGAUUACACUUACAGCGACAGUAAAAGGGUACAGAGACUUAAGAAUUGCCCCUUAGUUUAGGAGGUCACUUCAGUUUAGCUUUUAGGAUUGUCAUUAUGAUGACAUUUUUAUACUGUUAUUAUUAAUGAGAUUGUUAUAGAAACAAUGGUAUACAUCUAUUACUAGAGUAUAUGUCAUUAGAAACAAUGGCAAAUCCAUUACCAGGGUACUUGCAUAUUUUAUAUAAAACUUGAAGAUUUUUAUAACUCCAGGUAACGCCAAGGCCCAAGUGUAGUUAAUUGAUCUGCAUGCACGAGAUAUCCAGAUAAAGCCACGUCAUUUUGAAGUGAGAAUUCUACCGAGAUACAUAUCCCUUCUUUAUUGAUAAUGAUUUUAUCAGUUGUUAUGCAUUGGAAAUUAUGUGGUUAAAUAAUGCAUAAGUUAGUAAGGGAUUUUACUGGAUAUAUAAUGCACUGGGUUACAAAUAUGCAUCCAUAAAUUUUUGCAUAAAAGAAUGAGUUGCGGUACUUACAUAGAGGAAACUGUGCUGGUCCAGGUGUCCUGCAUUCGUAGCCAGCCAUAUGUCAGUCAUCAACCAGUAUUGUCUUUUUGGGUGCAUUAUCUAGAUGUGAUACUUGUAAUUUGGCAAGCAUUGAUCCAUUGCACCUUCUAGUCGUUAAAAAGGUAUUCAGAUAGCAAGCAUACUUUGCAUGAGCUGUGCUGACAUACUGUAAUGCAUAAGGUCAGGAGUUAUUGGCAAAGAAAAAAAAUUGAAUACAAUAAGAAAGAUGGUGGAUAUAAUAGACAAAGACCAUCAGAAUUACAGACUUUCAAAUCAGUUAGUCAGAAAUCUAAAGCUGUGGAGAGAGAUAUUGAUGUCAUUUCUUCAUAAACUGGUCAUGUACCCUAAGAAAUUAUCUACUUUAUCAGACCAAAAGAUAGCCCUGGGAAUUAUUCAUGCCAUUGUAAGAUAAAUUUUUUAUUUACUUUUUAGUUUUAAGGCCUUGUAAAGGCAUCACAAUAUUUUAUAUAAAUAUAUACUUUAUAUUACAUUAUAGAAUUGAUGUUCAUGACAUCUUCCUGUGAUUUAAUUUUAGUACGAAUUAUUGACAAAAGAGAGAGAGCCAUAUGUAUUUUAAUUACUCUUUCAUGAUGAAGUUUAACUAGAGGACUGAUCAAAGUCCUUGCUAUAAAUUUUUGUGUGUUUUCUAUGAUUCUAACAAGUAAGCACUUUGACUGAUUAAUUUAGGUAUGAUUUGAUUCACCAUAUUUAUUUAAUGUUAUAUAUAUAAUAAUAUAUAUAUCUAUAUAUAUAUAUAUUAUAAUAUAUAGAUAUAUAUAUAUAUAUAUAGCCAAAUCAUAUUGUUGUGUUGUGAUUAUCUUUUUAUUACUUUUGUACACUUAGGACUUUGAUCUUCAUGAUAUUGAGAAUAUGAGUUCAAUUUUUUCAGAGGCAGUUUUAUUAUACUUACUGUAAUGUCAUUGUAUGAUUGUAUGAAUAUAAUUUAUUAUGGAAGUAAAUAUUUCAUAUAUCACUGUACAUACUUGUUUUCUUGUCAAAAGUGCAUAUUACCUGUAUUUUGUUAUUCAUGAAGUAUUUUUUGCAAACUGCUCUUAACAUUGCAGUUUGUUGUAUUAUUCUGUUACCAUGUCUACUGUUCGUUCAGUUGUUCAGACUUCCCAUUUCUCUUGUUUCUUAGGUUCACCCCUGUUCAUUACUUACUAGACAACCAAUGGAAAUUAAUGAGGAUUUUGGCAAAGUCUGGAUUGUUAUAUUGAAAACGAACAUUGAUGGACCGCCCUGCUUUGUAUUAAUCUGCCUAGCCUU